GUUUUUACUCUCGUUAUUUUGCUAUCAUAUUUUUCUUAAAUUUCUACGGUUUCGUGCGAUCUGCGCUUUGCUUGAGAUUUCAACAACAGCUUCCCAAGAUCAAAAUUAGGUAAAGUUCAUGAAUCUUUGAUUUUGAUUUGGUAGAAGUGCUAUUCUCCUUUCUCCCUUUCUGUUUUUGGUUUUGGGUUUUUUGAAGGAAUUUAGGGUUAGGAGUGAGAAUGUAUUGAGUGUGUUAGAAUUUUUAAGGGUCUUGACUCCGUUCCUCCUCCUACUUUAUGCAAAAAUUGAGGAGAUGUCUUCAGAAGGGACCAUGAGUGUAGUGGGGAGUGAAGUGAUGCCCCUAGAUUACGAUAGCAUGGAUUCGGAGAGCAGUCCAACUCCAUUUAGUUCGGAGAGGACAGUGGAGGAGAGGAGGGUUCGAAGGGUAGUAGAAAAGGAGGAAGAUGAGAUUCCCUCAAACAUUUUGGAGGCUGGGAGUAAUGUAGAUGGGUGUUAUGACCCAGGGUUAGAUAUAGUGUCUGAGGUGAGGGGAUGUGUGAGUGAACUGGGUAGCAGGGGUAGUCUUAAGGGCCUCGUGGGUAACUGUAACCUUCCGCACCAUGUCCUAAUUAAGCCUGCUAGGGGUGGGGGUAAGGGGGAGAAGGGGUGGUACUACUUUGGCCCUCGGUCGUCCAACAAAGAGAAUAGGAGUCUAUUCACUUUUGGACUGUCAUCCAUCAAAGGAUGGAAAGAAAAAUUCUUCUUUGUGGAUGACACCGAGUGGAGUAGGGGGGAUGUCGAAGUAGAACAAUUGUUUGCUUGGAAAGCUAAGAAAGCCAAGCAGAACAAUUAUAAGCUGAAUGAGGAUGAAGUGGAAGAGGUGGGGAAGCUGGUGAGGGAAGAAGGGGAGUUAGUGGAUAUUAUGUACCUCACCAGCGCGGAGGCUAUAAAGGCUGCUGAGCUCUAUGGGCCAAGCUCAUUGAGCGAAGUUGAAAUGGGCAGCUUUUUGGACACUGCUGGGGGGCUGUGCAUCCCAAAGAAGCCAAGGAAGAAGUCAAAGACUUUAACUGCGGCAGAGAAGGGGGUGGUAGAAAGGGAGCGGCUGUCUAGCACGUUUGCUCGGGCUUUGGAGAUGCAGCCAAGGCCAGAGCCUGUGAUGGGGCGCAAUGAGGAUGCGAGCGAGGAGGGCGAAGUGCUUCUCAACGCCACUCUUCCUGAGGUGGAUAGGAGGCAAGCAAAGGAAGAGGCGGUGAGCCACUUGGGGGCUCGCGUGGUGAGGCACGCUCUAGAGAGUGCAAGCUGGGUUAACGCUCUAGCGCAUGAGUAUGCGGAGAGCGUGAGAGAUUGUGCUAGCUGGCAGAGGCAAUUAACCGAGCUCCAGAAUGAGAAUGAUACCUUAAGCACGAGACUCAUCUUCGAAGAACGUAAGAGGAAGAUCUAUGAAGACAAGCUCGAGGCUCAAGACAAGUAUAUUGAUAACAUGAAGAAAGGAGCAGCGGAGCUGAAGAAGAACGUGAAUCUGUUGGUUCACAAUGGGAUGGAGGAGCACAUUGGCAACUUCCUUAACUCCAGCAUCUUCGAGAACAUCAUCAACCUCUACCGGCUGCCAACCGCAAUUCUGGGCUUCACCGACUGUAGAAAGAAGCUGAGGUGGGAGCAUGACGUGGAGGGACGCACUAUCUUCCCUCCAGCCUUUGAUGCUGAGCUGGUGACAGUGGAGGAAGAAAAAGAAGAAGAAGAAGAAGAAGAGGAAGAAGAAGAAGAGCUCGCUCCUCCUAAAGCAGAAGUGCCGCCUCUGCCUGCUGGAGAUGAGCCACCUCAACCACCUCUUUCUGCUAAGGAGCAACCUCCUCCUUCAGCAGAGUAGCUUAGGUUUUCAUAUCUUUUAGGUGUAUUUGUAAAUAACAUUUUUGUAAUUGAUGUUUUAUUAUUUUAUAAAAUUGUUGAAGUUUAUUCUUGGUGUUCAGUUUUGGUUUCUAAUUGCUGUUUUACUUUAAGUGAAUUACUUUGGAUAAAACAAAGUGACUUUA